AUGCGUCCAAGUAGCUUAACAAGCCAAGUAUUGAGCGACGUAAACAGUUACAAUAAAUACAUAAAUGUCAUAGUUUAUCACCCUAUUAAGCAGUAUACAAAGAGCGAAACAGCAAUGAUAGAAUCUUUACUUUCUCAAUAAGAUAAAGUUGUAUACUUUGAAAUAUACGAUUAAAUUAGAAUAUACAAUAAAUUUGGUCAUUUAGAAGCACAUAUCAUCAAAUUCAGUGAGCCUCUAUACGAGUGGGUAUCAACAAGACUUAAAGAUAUCUCUAAAUCAAUAAGAGAUUAAUUAAUCUAAAUUCUGUUUGACCCUAGCUUAAAAAAUAUUAACAAUUUCCUAGAAGUUAUCAAUUCUCUUCCCUUUAACUAUUUUCCAAGAAAGUAACUCUAGAAAUUGAGCUUAGAAAACUCAAGAACAAAAAUAUUUUCUCAAAUAAUUGCUUUCUAAAGACACAUUAGUCCACUCUUAUAUAAUAAUCCUUAAUAAAUUUUAUAUGACUUAAUUGAAAUGUGA